UAACAACUUCUCAGAUACGUCACUUAUGUUCAAUAUAGAAUCAGUGUUUGUUUUAAACGGAAAGUACAAAUAAAUAAAAAUGUCUUUGCCGAAGCGUAUGAAUGAUUCAGUGCAUUGGUUUAUGAACGAUCUUACAAGUCGUAUCAUUGCACAAAGUGGAAUACCAAGUGAUAGAUUUCACCUCGGCAAACUGAUAUUUCAAAGUCUAAAAGAUGACCCGGAAUUCCUACUACAGAUUGAUGGAUCUACAGGUGAAUCUGAGACCAACGGGUCGGUGUUAAAACGAUCAAUUCAGUGUGCCAUUGCUCUGAAGAAUCUUGGCUUAAAGCGGGAUGACAUCAUUGUAAUAAUGGCACCCAACCACAUCCAUAUAACGAUACCUUUCUACGCAUCUUUGUAUAUCGGAGUUGGAACUUCUGCACUUGAUCAAACUUUGGGACCUAACGAACUGAAGGAAUGUUUUAAAGUGAGCAGACCGAAAGUAAUAUUUUGUCAAAGUGAAAAAGCGACUGACGCACAACUGGCUCUUAAUAAAUUGGAUCACAAUGCGCAUAUCAUUACGUUUGACAAGGGAGAUUAUCACUUUAAUUAUGAAGAGUUUCUUCGGAAAUAUGGAGAUGAUUCGGCUUUUGAUGAAUAUAAACCAUCAGACUUCGAUCCAGAGACGACAAUAGCUUUGCUCGUUGCCACAAGUGGAACAACGGGUCUACCUAAAUCGGCUGCAGUAACUCACAAGAAUUUAGCUAUAACAAACCCGUACACAUGGAUAAAGGAAUCCAAUUUCCCAAGUCCGACGCGCCUGGCGUUGAUUUGUUCGCCCAUGCAAUGGAUGACUGCAAUCAUCAACUUCGUACUUUCACCGAUACUAAGGUACACCAGACUUCAGAGCACUGAGUCUAUUACGCCGGACCACGCCGCCUAUCUCAUUCAAAAAUACCGACCCACUUUCACGAUCAUGAGUCCAACACUCAUGACAACCCUGCUUAAAAAUGGCAUAGCUAAAAAUUGUGACAUGUCAUGUUUCGAACUAAUUUAUUUAGGCGGCAGCGCUGUGUCACGGGAACUUCUUGAGGAUUUAAAGCAAAUCAUGCCCAGUACAGAAGUCCUGAACAUAUUUGGCAUGACUGAACUAUCUAGUAUCGCAUUCAUGCAAGACAAUGGACCGAUAGAGUCAUGCGGGAAGCCUAUUGGCUGCUUGCAAUAUCGGAUAGUAAAUCCAGACACGAAGAAAGACAUUGUAGAACCAAAUGUAUCGGGAGAAUUAUGGGUGAAAGGCCCAGGUAUUUUUAAGGAAUAUUACAAAAAUCCACAAGCAACGCGUGAAACAUUCGCAGAAGAUCGUUGGUUUAAAACAGGAGAUAUUUUCUACAGAGACGAGCAUUAUAAUUACUACUACGUUGAACGAAUAAAGUUGUUGUUGAAAUAUAGGAGUCAUCAGAUUUCACCGUUAGAAUUAGAGAGCGUAAUACGGCAACAUCCAGGGGUUCAAGACGUGGCAGUCGCAGGUAUACCUGAUGCAGAAUGCGGAGAGUUGCCAGUCGCUUGCGUUGUUGUACGCACAGGGCACACAGUUACAGCUCAAGAAAUAAAGGACUUGGUUAAAGAUAACUUAACGGAUACUAAACAAUUAAGAGGCGGAGUGAUAUUCCUCAAUGAAAUACCAAUGACGGCAACUACGAAAAUUCACAGAAGAAAGUUAAAGGAAUUGGUUCUUACUAUGGUAAAAGAAUAACAUGUAAAAGUGAGUUUCCACUGCUGAAAUAGUUGUAUAAAAACAGUGGGCCUAACACCUUAUAUUGCCACAAAUAUUCAUGCUAGGGCCUAGCACGAAUAUUGACUGAUGAUACUAAAAUUAAUAAGCGUUAACCGCCGCUAGGAUGAAUGAUAUCCAACUCGAAGGACCACAUAUUAAAUAUUUUUGUAUUUAUUCACGAUAUUGCAAUUAUUUUGGUAUUUCUUCACGAACAAUAAUCUUUAUAGUUUUAAGUU